AUGACAGAUUCUACAAGGAGUUGGGUGCCUGGUUUCACCCUCACCGAUACCGUUAAAGAAAAAAUCAGAGCCGGUCACAUGCACCCAGGAAUACAGGGGAAAAGCCUUUUCCUUUCGUCUGACGAAAAUGUCGUCUGGAAUCUGGUUAAAGACACGCUGAUACAACCUGAUGUCUUAAAACCUCACAGCUCUGAUGAUAAGAAGGAGGUUAUACAGAAGCGAUUUUCGUUACAAGUUGGAAAUCUUGGAUGUAAUGGAGCUGAGUGCUUUUGUGUGACCGUCAUCUUACACAAGGUGGAUCAAAGAAUAAUUACUGCCUAUCCAACAUGAUAAAUUAACAAAUACUUUUUACAUACAUUGGACAAAAGCUGGUUUUCUAAAGUUCGCAAAUAAUGCUUCAUAAGUCAUGCGUCUUAAGCCACAGAUGAUGAGCUUCGACUUACUAGGUUUUUUUUUCCUUCUAGUUUUAUUGUAUCGUUAGUGAAAUGAUUAUCGGUUUAAGAUCAGAUCAAAGAAUAAUUACUGCCUAUCCAACAUGAUAAAUUGACAAAUACUUUUUACAUACAUUGGACAAAAGCUGGUUUACUAAAGUUAGCAAAUAAUUAAUUAUAAUAAAUUGUAAUGCUUCACAAGUCAUGCGUAUCAAGCCACAGAUGAUGAGCUUCGACUUACUAGGUUUUUUUUUCCUUCUAGUUUUAUUGUAUCGUUAGUGAAAUGAUUAUCGGUUUAAGGCUCUGA